AUGUUAGCAAACACAGACAAUGGCAGCAUCUUCACAGAGUUCUUCCUGAUGGACGUCUCAAGCUCCAGGGAGCUCCAAAUCUUGCAAGGUCUGAUAUUCUUAAUGGUUUAUCUGGGAGCUCUGGCUGGAAAUCUUUUGACAUUUACCAUCAUUGUUAUAGAUCCACAUAUUCACUCCCCCAUGUACUUUUUUAUGGGCAAUUUAGCCCUCAUAGAUUUUGGCUACAUCUCAGUUACUGUUCCCAAAUCCAUCAUGAAUUCUCUAAUGGGCAGUAAAUUGAUUUCUCUCAGAGGAUGCACUGCUCAGACUUUCCUAUAUAUUUUCUUUGGAUCUGCAGAGUUCUUUUUCCUUGUGGUGAUGUCCUAUGACCGCUAUGUUGCUAUUUGUCACCCUCUGCACUAUGGGCUCACCAUGACCCCACGUCUGUGCACACAGGUGGCAGGUGUCUCAUGGGCCAGUGGGCUGGUCUAUUCUGCUGUCCACACAGGGACCAUGUUCAGUCAUCCCUUCACAAAGUCCAAUGUGAUUCACCAGUUUUUCUGUGAUGUGCCUCAAAUUAUGAACAUAGCAUCCAAGGCUGUGCAGUUUUCUGAGUUUGUGGCCCUCGCUGUAAGUUCUUGCCUCAUGUUAUUCUGCUUUGUCAUCUUAUUAACCUCAUAUGUUUACAUCUUUUCAACCGUGCUCCACAUGCAUUCCGUAGAAGCCCGGAGCAAAGCGCUGUCAACCUGCUCUCCCCAGAUAGCAACAUUUAUUCUCUUUAUAGUUUCUGAAUUGUUUGGUUGUUUUGGUCAUAUUUCCAACUCAUCAAGUAUUCAAACCCUCCUCACAGCUAUGUUCUACUCCAUGGUGCCCCCCUUAGUGAACCCCAUCAUCUUUAGCCUGAGGAACAGGGAGAUUAAAUCUGCUCUGGACAGAAUGUUUAAAAGAGCUUUCCAGUUUCACAGAAGAGAUAUUGUCCCUUAA